AUGGCGGUCCACGAGAGUCGCACGGGGGUCCCCACACAUUAUGCUCGUGAAGGACCUCCUCAUCCAGAAACCCUAGUCGACUUCCGGAUUGCGCUUCAUUCGAUUGAUAGGAGCGGCCUGGAAAGAGCCCUUUACGAUGUCAGUGUUCCAAGCAGCCCUCUUUAUGGAAAGCACCUCAGCACAGAGGAGGUGAAAAGCUAUACUUCCGCUUCCCCGCAUUCAUUGGCAGCAGUCAUCGAAUGGCUUGCCGAAUAUGGAAUCACAGACGUGCAACUCGAAAGCACUGUCCAUGAUUACCUGACCUUUUCUGCGCCUGUCCACGCAGCAAAUGAUCUCUUCGAUACCGACUUUCAUUCUUUCGUCCACAUUCCUUCCGGGAAACGCGCUAUCCGCACUUUACAGUAUUCUAUCCCAAGGGACCUUGUUUCCCAUAUCAAUGUGAUUCACCCAACUACUUCCUUUGAUUUGGCCAAGCCGUUGAGUAUAUCCGUCUCUUACGGCAAACGAUCAUCGGAAUCUUCAAACUUGAACUCAUCCUGCGCUGACACCAUUACUCCUCAAUGUCUUCAAGAUCUGUAUGAUAUUCCUGCGACUCCGGCCACUCAGCCCUCGAACAGAAUCGCUGUACCAGGGAUGAUCGAGUACUGGGCCCAGUAUGCCGACCUUGAGGCUUUCCUCGAAAGACUUAGGCCCGACAUGCCAUCGAAUACAACGUUCUCAGUGGAGGCUAUAGAUGGAGGAACGAACCCACAAGGUCCAGAGUAUGCAGGAUACGAAGCAAAUUUAGACACGCAGUAUACGGUUGGAUUAGCUACAGGUGUCAACACUACCUUCAUAUCGAUCGGCCCAAAUAACACCGAUGGUGCUGCUAUCGGUUUCUUGGAUAUAGUGGAAUACCUUUACAAUAUGACUGACCCACCUCAAGUUAUGUCUAUGAGUUAUGGAUACGAAGAGUGGUGGCUUACUCCGUCGCAAGCGCAGCAGAUCUGUGACGUGUAUAUGGCUCUAGGUGCUCGUGGAGUUUCACUAAUUUUCGGAUCGGGAGAUGGAGGCGUGAGUGGUGCAGAGCGAAAUGACACCUGCACGGAGUUUUUACCGGCUUUCCCGGGAGGUUGUCCCUAUAUUACCUCUGUGGGUGGGACAUACUCCAUCAAUCCUGAAUUAUCCACAAAUUUCAGUAGCGGGGGUUUCUCCGGCUACUUUGCUCGACCGUCCUAUCAAGAACAAGCUGUAGCACCAUUCCUCGAAAAUCUUGGCGAUACCUACUCUGGCUUGUUCAACGCUAGUGGACGUGGUUUCCCCGACAUUGCUGCCCAAUCACACAAUGUCGAGAUUAUCACUGGAGGAGAGACUGUCUACAUCAACGGAACUUCUUGCUCUGGACCCAUCUUUGCGAGCAUGGUGGCUCUCGUCAACGAUCGUUUAAUAGCUGCAGGAAAGCCUGUGCUAGGUUUCCUUAACCCAUUCCUUUAUAACAAUACGCAAAUAUUCACCGACAUCACAGCUGGCUUGCCAAAUGCAGGGUGUGGUACAGGCGGCUUCAACGCGACUACCGGAUGGGACCCAAUUACCGGUUUGGGGACACCGAACUUCCUCAAAAUGCUUGAAGCUGCUGGCUUGUAG